AUGUCCUUCCAACGUGUUGGUCUGCGCUUCGCGCAGCAGCUGCGCUCUCCUGCCUUCCGACCCGCCCUUCGAUCGACCCUUCAGCGACGAUUCGCCAGCGCGCCCGCAGCUCCUGGGCAAGGAUCCAGCAAGUUGGUCGGAACCGCCGACAAUGCGUUCAACCGCGAGAGAGCUGCUGUGAAAGCCCAUGCUGCUGCUACCAGUGAUCUCUGGCGCAAACUCUCAAUCUACGUCGUCAUCCCUUGCCUCAUCCUCGGAGGAAUCAACGCUUGGAACUUGUGGAACGAACAUUGGGAGCAUUGGGAGCAUCUGCCUCCUCUGGAGGAACGAGUCGAAUACCCAUACCAAAACCUCCGGACGAAGAACUUCUUCUUCGGCGACGGUGACAAGACUCUCUUCUGGAACGACAAGGUCAACUACCACAAGAAAGACAAGCAAACUUAA